CCAACGUUCGAGAAAUCAAGCCAACAAUGCCCUGGCGUACUGGGGUUCCAACUCUUCGAAUCACCCUAUGAACGCGCCUGGGGCUUUUGCUUUGAGCAUCCUGCUGUUUUCGCGGCUCUGCAGACAUGCAUUGAUGUAGGGCUGUGGAAAGCAUGGACUGGAAUUGGAGGUGGUGAGAAAACCAUCGACCAACUCGCAAAGAUGAGCACUCCUACUGUUGCGACCAAUCUACUACGUCGCCUGUUCCGCCUCUUGGCGGCUUUCAAUGUUGUUGAAGAGACAGGCGAGGACAAGUUCAAGCCGACGCCUUUCUCCUAUGCUAUUGGCGACGAAAAGACAAAAGUACGCGCCUCACUUCAAGCAGCAACUAAUCAGUACAUUUCUGCUGGUCACAAUUUGCCGGCCUACCUCGCCAAGAUCUCAUAUCAAGAACCUACCGACGGGAAUCAGAACAACCAUACCGACAGUGACCCAGAUGGUCUCACUUUCUUUGGGAGGCUUCAAAAGAGUCCCGCUUCUUUCGAAGCUUUUACUGGCCAUAUGGAGGCUUGGACAACAUGGAAGACCCCUUGGACCAAGGUCUAUGAUACGACCAAGCUGUUGGAGAACGCUGAUCUGAGUAACGGCUCUCCCUUUGUGGUUGAUGUUGGUGGAAAAACUGGUAUCUAUAUCACGCAUGUUCUCAACAAGCACCCUGAACUUCCCGCUGGAUCACUUAUCUUACAAGACCUUCCCGAGAUCAUUGCCAACGCUCAGGUCGAUAAGAAGAUAUCCGCGCGUAUACGAACCUUUGCUAAUAGGAAUAUCACAGGCAGCCGAGCGUAUUUCAUGCACGCCGUCCUCCAUGACUGGCCAGAUGAGAAGGCCAAAAAACUGCUAGAAAAUACCAGAGCUGCAAUGGUGAAGGGUUACUCCAAGCUGUUUGUCUAUGAUAUAGUCCUUUCGCCAACGGGAGCGAGUAUCAGCCAAACCACGAUGGACGUGAACAUGAUGUUGGUGCUGUCGGCUUCGGAGCGUACUCAGGAGAUGUGGACAAGUCUUUUAAACAAUGCAGGCUUCAAAAUUGUCAAUUUCUGGCCUGAUCCUCAGCAAUAUGAGAUGAUCAUUGAGGCGGAGAUUGAUGAUGAUGAUGAUAAUGGUGCAUUCAAUUUUCACCCUCAUGGCUACUCUGACGGCUACUCUAACGGUCGCAGCAACAGCCAAACCAACGGCAAAUUUUGUGGUCGCUGA